CUGAUGGCAUUCGCACGAUCGCAUCCCCCUCACUGCUGUUCGAUAGAAGCCGUAAACAGACUCCGCAUUCUCUGAUCUGCUUCCCGUGAAACAUUUUCAUCGAAGAAGAAAAAGUUAGGAAGAGAAAUGGAGAAGCAGAAGCUGGCGUGAGCUGAUUGACAGAGUAGGAGAGCACCGAAGCAGAGAAGAGAUUGAUAAGACAUAGCAGAGUUUGAUGCCUCCAGGUGCUCUCGUUGAGGCAAAGGGGAAGCUGCAGCGGCCGGAGGCGAGGCUCGGAGGAUUAAAAAAGUAGAAGGAGGCGUUGUAGCAAAUGGUGUAUACGAGAAGAGAAGAGAAGAGAAAAAGGAAUGAGGGCGCGGCCAGAAAUCAGUGAAGAAAAGCAGAGAGAGGUCUAGAAGAUUUGGGAUUUUAGGGUUUUUCUAGAAGCUUUUGAGAGAGAGUGAGGGGAAAAGAAAGAAUAUUUAGUGAAGGUAAAGUUGUUUGGAGAGAGGGAAUACUUCCCCUCAUUCUCGACAAGAAACAGAGGGCAAUUGGAAGCAGUGAGUCCAGAAUCCCAAGGAGGAGAGCAGAAGAAAAGGGGGCUGAGACAGGAGGCAAGGCAGUCUCCGGAGGAGAGACUGAGUCAGAGAAUCCUGAAGUGAAGCUUCAGGUUUCACUGCCUGCACAGGCUCCGGUUUUGUCUCCUUAGAUGACGAUGAUUUUUGUAAUAGGAUACUCAUUAACUGAGCAAAUUGCACUAAGGCGAUGAUGUCUGAGGGUGUAGUUUGACAUGGUGAUGAAUCACCAUAGGAAAUUGUUUAAAGCCAUAUGUCACGUGGAAGACUUCCUAUAAUGGAUCUGAAAAUAGGGUAUGAUAUUGAGCAUACGAUUUCUGCAAGUAGCAUCGAGCACGAGUUGUGGCCACUUGAGGAAAUUGAUCCAAAAAAGGCAAAGUUUCCUUGUUGUUUAGUUUGGACUCCGCUACCAGUUGUGUCUUGGUUGGCCCCAUUCAUUGGACAUGUUGGCAUUUGCCGGGAGGAUGGUGCAAUUUUGGACUUUUCAGGAUCUAAUUUUGUAAAUAUUGAUCAAUUCAGUUUUGGUGCUGCGGCCAUGUAUGUUCCCCUUGAUAGAAAACAGUGUUGCUUUCCUGCGAACCUAAGUGCACACACAUGCAAGCAAGGAUAUGCUCAUGCAGAAUUUGGAAGUGCAAUUACAUGGGAUGAUUCGCUAGUAGCAAGCAUGCGCCAGUUUGAGCACAGGAGCUAUAAUCUUUUCACUUGCAACAGCUACUCAUUUGUUUCACAGUGCCUGAAUCGGCUGAGUUAUGGUGGAUGCAUGGGUUGGAACAUGAUCAAUGUAGCAGCCCUUGUUGUGUUGAAGGGGCAUUGGAUUGAUAUCAUGGCGGUAAUAAGAUCCUUCCUCCCAUUCACAUUGGUGCUCUGCCUGGGCAUAUUUUUGGUUGGUUGGCCAUUCUUGAUUGGCCUCUUUGCUUUCUGGCUCAUGCUUAUGUUGUGGUUUUUAGUGGCUACAUAUUGUUUCAAAGACCUACUUGAAUGCUAGAAGCUCACUAAUACAUUCAUGUUAUGUACGAGUGUUGUUCUUCAACACCAUCAAUCUUUGGCAAUGGAUUCACUUCAACAUGC